AUGGUACCCACCUGUGAAGUGGUGAAGAAAAUUAUGUCCGGAUUAGGUGAAGAUGAAGAUGUCAAACUUCCAGAUGACCCAAAGCUGGGAACACCUGUUCCUAUUAGACAAGCAGGCUCCUCAGAGGCGGGGAAACAGAGGCCCUGCAGCGCUGAGGGAGCUCUGGUCUCCAUGGUAACUGCACAUCAGAUCCUGAUGCAGGCACACCUGGCAUUCUCAGCCCACACCCUUGGAGGUAAGGGGGCAAGGGGAGAAAUAUUUCUCUGGUCACACCUGAAGAUAAAGGCCUUACUCCUCUUCCUUCAGAAAGUGCCUCCUCUACAAAUACCUCAGCACAGGGAUGUGAAAUGCAAACCCAGACAGGCCAGCAGGGCCCUGCCUGAUGGGUGCUGUCCUCAUCUCCCUGUGCCUCCAGCCCAGCCACUGCCAGUUCAUCCUUCCAGAGAAAAUCCUGCAGGUUCUCUCAGUGUCUGGCCACUCAGCAGCCCCUCCGAUCUCUCCAGGAGGCUACCGGCACAAGCUGGAUUCUCUCAUGCAAUAGGCCUAUGUGGUCUGUGCUUGAUGGCAGCUCUUCAGCAGAAAGUUCUAGGAUGGUCUAUGGACUCCAGUUUAGGUGACCAGGCUCUGUGAAAGAGAGGGUGUAUUGUACUGACCCUUCGUGCCACACUAGGAAUUGCAGAAGUCAAGAUAUCGUCCUAGUCCCUUAGAAAAUAAUUGAGGCCAAGACUUCCUGGCAUCAGGCAUUUGGAAAUACUCCAGGAUACCAUGAUUGACACUUGACCCCCAUUCCUUCUACCUCUGACCAACCCCCAUGCUGCUGGCAGAGAAGGGAAGCUGGCAGUUAAGAUGUCCUAAGCCACUGGCAGCCCAAGUCUUUUGCCUCGUGGCCAAUCUGUGAGGCAGAAGCUGGGUUUCGUAGAGGCCCAGUUUCCCUGGAAUAUUCUCAGAUCAAGGGGGACUAGAAUGUAUUCAGUUUGCAGAUUUUGGAUUCUCUGAGGUCUUUAUAUAAGUUCAGUGAGGCUGAGAUCUUUUAAACAUUCAUCAA